GGCAGUGUAUGGUUGGUUUGUGGUUUUGUUGGAAGUCUUGCUCGCUUAUCAAUAUCACACACUACAAAUGCAUUAAUGCAAAGAGAUGGGAAUCUUGCAGUCAUGUUUCUGCGACGAACUACUGUAGCGCUGCUCGCCCUGUGUGGAUUUAUAACGAUCGGCGAUGCUCUUAAGUGUAAUUGCACUGCUUGUGAGAAGACCGGUUAUGUGUGCGAGACAGAUGGGGCCUGCAUGACUUCCACCUCUUUCAUCAAUGGUCAGGAGGAGCAGCAUGUACGAAUAUGCCUGCCUCGUGUCAGCCUGCAACCACCGGGACAGCCCAUCUACUGCCUGAGCUCCAAGGGCUUGCUCAACACACACUGUUGUUAUACAGACUUUUGCAACAGCAUUGACCUACAAGUGCCCAACGGGGUUCCUGACGGUAACAGCUGGACAGGCUCAGGGGGCAGUUGGGGUCCAGUAGAACUGGUGGCGGUGAUAGCAGGGCCAGUUGUCCUCUUCUGUCUGCUGCUUAUCGUGGGAGUGUUUGUUUUCCAGCACCACCAACGGAACUACAACCAUCGGCAGCGACUUGACAAGGAGGAUCCAUCUUGUGAUCAUCUCUACAUGUCAAAAGACAAGACUUUACAGGACCUCAUCUUUGAUCUGUCCACCUCAGGUUCAGGCUCUGGUUUGCCCCUAUUUGUUCAGCGAACAGUUGCCAGGACAAUUGUACUGCAGGAGAUCAUAGGUAAAGGGCGUUUUGGGGAGGUAUGGAGGGGGAGAUGGAGAGGAGGAGAUGUGGCUGUGAAGAUCUUCUCGUCCAGAGAGGAGCGCUCCUGGUUCCGCGAGGCUGAGAUUUACCAGACCAUCAUGCUCCGACAUGAGAACAUCUUGGGCUUCAUUGCUGCUGAUAAUAAAGACAAUGGCACGUGGACACAACUGUGGCUGGUCUCUGACUACCAUGAAUACGGCUCAUUAUUCGACUAUCUCAACCACUAUUCUGUUACAAUUGAGAGUAUGAUCAAGUUAUCGCUCUCAGCUGCCAGUGGACUAGCACAUCUGCAUAUGGAGAUACUGGGUACACAGGGGAAACCAGGCAUUGCACAUCGUGACCUCAAAUCUAAAAACAUCCUGGUGAAAAAAAAUGGUACUUGUGCAAUAGCGGAUCUGGGGCUUGCUGUACGGCAUGAGUCCAUCACUGAUACUAUAGACAUUGCUCCCAAUCAGAGGGUUGGCACCAAAAGAUAUAUGGCCCCAGAGGUACUAGAUGAAACAAUCAACAUGAAGCAUUUUGAUUCGUUCAAGUGUGCCGAUAUCUAUGCUUUGGGACUAGUAUACUGGGAGGUAGCACGACGGUGUAAUGCUGGAGGCAUACAUGAAGAUUACCAGCUCCCAUACUAUGAUCUGGUGCCCUCCGAUCCCUCCAUAGAGGAGAUGAGGAAGGUGGUGUGUGAUCAGAGGCUACGACCAAAUGUGCCCAACUGGUGGCAGAGCUAUGAGGCACUGAGAGUGAUGGGGAAGAUCAUGCGCGAAUGUUGGUAUGCCAACGGAGCUGCUCGUCUUACGGCUCUGCGGAUCAAGAAGACUCUCUCUCAACUCAGUGUCCAAGAAGAUGUUAAGAUCUGAACUAUGCGGCUAUGCGGGAGACUGCAGAUCCCUGCAGAGAACCAUAAGUGAAUAAAAAAAGACUUGAGCCAAAAGCAGCCUGCCAAUUUUAGCCUUUUAUUUUUUUUGAACCUUUUCAGGUUGUGACGAGGCCUACCUCAUCAGACUAGACAAAACUACUGAGUGUCAGUCCAUCCCAGCCCUGCUCCAUUUCUCCACCUCUCCUCCUCUUUAACAGAGUUAACAUUUCCAAUCAUGGAUAAGCCUCCAACUGCUGAUGUCAGCACAACCUCCCUCUAGUUUUUGUAUUUUAUUUUUUGGCAGGAAUGACAUUUGAUCUGUGACAGGCAGUUUGUUUUGUUCACCUUUUUUACCACUUGAACGUUUUGUCCAAAAUGAACUUUGCUGUGUGACGGACCUAUUCAAAGAUGUGUUUUGAUUUCAUUUAAGUUCAUCCUCAUUCACUAACAUACUGUACAUCAUAUCCCAUCGUAAAUAUACAAGUAUAUAUGUAUAGUGCUCUACUGCUGUUGUGAGAAUGUGAAAAAUUUGGAUAACACUGUUUCCUACUGUUACUAGCAACUCAUGUAAAAAGCUAAGUGUAGCAAAGUAAAAAGGCAUUGGAGUUCUUUGUUCUUGUUGAAUAAAUGCAUUUUUGCAAGAGGAGCAGAAACUUGAUUUGCUUCUGGCAAACAUCAGUAAAAACCUGCCGACUGAUUCAUCUUCAUGCAGCAUUCGCUGAACUCAAUCCAUCAGUGUACAAAUCUGUGUGUGUGUGGUGAAUGCAAUCCCUUUAAAUGUUCAUAGGGUGUGUGCUCACGAGUGUGUUUUAUUUAAUUGUUUUGGGUUUUCUAAAUCUUUGUAAAUGCUGUGGGAUGGUAGUUUGCUCAUGUUUAGUCAUAACUUGAAUUGCUCAUUAUCUAACACCAAUUCUCUCAGUACUGGAAAUAUAAAAGUGUUUUUGGCGAAAGGAAGUUGUAUAAGGAAAGUGAUGAAAAAUUGUACUCUCUCCAACUCUCUCAUUUUAAUGGGAAUAUUUAGUAUGUUGUAUUCCCAAAGGCUCUAUAGGAGAUGGGAUGUUGGCAUGUUAAACUGCACUGUUGUUUUAAUGUUUGCUCUGCUCUGUCCAUGGGAUGAAGUAGUACCACUUUAGAAAACAUAUGUAAAGUAUUGAAGUACAAUAUUGUUCUAUUUGUCUGUAUUUAAACACUUCUAUUGCUCUGCUUUGCCAUGAACAGUUUUCGUUCGAAUUGUAAUUUGAAUGUACUACUUUCCGUCUAAUUUCUGUGUUUUGACGAAUCAUUUAGACUGCAUAUAAACCGCAAUAUUUCAUCAUUAGCAUAUCCAUUGAAUACAAACUUAAAGCAUUGUCUGCAACCAUGUCACAGUCAGAAAGCUGCAAAUGUUCAGACUGUUAGCUGGAAUAUUAGUUGCAAUGUGUUACAGUAGGUGCAGAUGACUAGACUAUAGCAAUAAUUUUGGUAUUAAUGGUCUGAAAUGACUUUCAAUUAAAGGGUGUACAGAACUGUAAAAGGUCUGAGAGCAAGGGUCCUAUGUUAUGUGCAACAUUUAUAAUAUCUAUGGCGAUAUAUUGCAGAGUAUGUUUGAGGACAGUAGCAUGACACCAUGAACUAUUCUUUACACUUGAAAUGAGAAUGUCUAAAUGUAACUAUUCUGACUGAACUUUGUUUUGUCAUGGUGCUCUACAUCGUACACUGGUAAUUCUGUCCUUAGAAAUGCAAUGAUAGGAGAAAUAAUGUAGGCUAUUUGUUUCCGCUGUUAUUUAUAUUGUUUGCUAUUUGUUCCUCUUCACUACUUUUUGCAAUUGUGUGUAUAAAUAUGUACUCAAACCUUUAAUAUGAUGAGGAAAGACAUUAAGACAAUACUGAAUGGUACAAGUUGCCACAGGAAAUUGUCAAAUGUUUGUCCAUUUUAGUCCUGACAGUAGGAGUUCAAACUUGGUGGAUGAUGAUUGCAGACUUCAUGAGUUUUUGAUCGUAAUGUUCCAAGUGUGUUUUAAACAUGUUGAAAACAAAUCAACUUGACGAUUAAUGUACAUAAACAGUAUA